CACGCAACUUCUCGUGCGUGCGUAACGUGUUGUCAAACGAUGAACCAAUCAGAGACCACGGUGGCGGCUGCCCGGGCUUCAGUUGCACCCUGCAAGCCAGGGGACGCCGUCGUUUAGUACAGCGCAUGCCGGCUGACGGCUCCUCCUGGAUUGGACUGAUACCGGGGCUGGAAGGGCAAACAUUUCAGUUAUCGUUUUUUGUGGUCGUCUUCUUACACCAAAUAUAUAUUUUUAUUAAAACGACGCCGGUGUUGCGUGUGUAAAUUAAGGAUGCUGACCGAUAUGAUUGUGGAGGAAGAAUUCGAAAUCAAGGAAGAGGAGCCCUGGUAUGACAAGCGAGACCUUGAACACGAUCUGCACCUGGCAGCAGAGCUGGGGAAAACUCUUCUGGAUCGCAACAAAGAGCUGGAACAGGGCCUCCAGCAGAUGUACUCCACCAACCAAGAGCAACUACAGGAGAUAGAGUACCUGACCAAGCAGGUGGAGGUCCUCCGGCAGGUCAACGAGCAGCACGCCAAGGUGUACGAGCAGCUGGACGCGACCUCCAGGGACCUGGAGCAGACCAACCACCGGCUGGGCCUGGACAACCGCGGCGCCCAGCAGAAGAUCCAGAGACUGACGGAGACUGCGGAGGGGCUUCAGAGCCAGGCCGAGGACCUGCAGCGGGAGCUGGAGGACGUGAAGAACAGCCCCCCCCAGCGGACCUCACCCCCCGGGGACCCCCGUAGCACCCACAGUGUGUCCUGCCUGCAGGAGCUGCAGAGCACCCUCAGGUACGGCGACCACGACGGCUCCUCAGACGACCUCCACGCCGCGUCGUCCAAGCUGGAGUGGCGCGAGGAGGAGCAAGCGUCGCUGCGCCGCUCCCUCCGGGCCCUCCAGACCCAGCUUGCCAAUGAGAGGGCUGGCAGGGAGGAGGCGGAGCGCGAGGCCGACGUGCUGGCCAAUGAGAACGCGGCGCUGGAGCGGCAGCUGGACUCGAUGGAGGGGUGCCGGGCCCAGCUCGCCGAGGUGGAGUGCGAGGCGGCGGAGCUGCGGCUGCUCUGGCGCACGGAGCGCUCCGCCCGCUCCGCCGGCCGCGGGAUGGGCCACGCCCACGCGGCCCCGCCCACCGCGCUGUUCCACAACCACGAGGACGAGGAAGACGAGGACCACGACGACGAGGACGACGAUGACGGGGGGGAUCUCGUGGUGGCGGCAGCGGCGGUGGCGGCGGGCAGCGGCACGCCCCAGAGGCCGGCGCCCACCGGCGCCUCCGCAAAGCGGGCCCGGGCGCGGCGCUCGGAGGCGGUGAAGUACCGCGGCAUCUCGCUGCUCAACGAGGUGGACGCGCAGUACAGCGCCCUGCAGGUGAAGUACGAGGAGCUGCUGCAGCGCUGCGGGGCUCCUCCCAGGGCCCCGGACGGCGAGGGCCACAGCCACAAGGCCAUCCAGACCGCCACCGCCACCGCCCCCGCCGCCGCCCCCGGUCGCCACGCCUCUUUGGGGGCCGCCUGCACGGACGAUAUCCAGCAGCCGGAGUACAAGGCGCUCUUCCAGGAGAUCUUCGACUGUAUUCAGAGAACCAAAGAGGACCUGAGUGGGGCCAGGGGGGCGUCCACCACACCCUGCUGCUGAUCUGCUUCUUCUUUGUUUUUUUACACGAUUGCUUAAAAAAAAUUAAUAUCAAAAAAAAAAUUUAAGCAUUGUGUACAGCCUGCGCUGAUGCACUCGUCCACACGGGGAGGUUACUAUUUAUUGUUAUUGACUCUUAUGCCAGCCCGGAGCUGGAACCUACUGUACGGUGAAAACAAAAAAGAAAAAAAGUCUGUGGGGCUCAGAAGUUGGAUGAGAGCGAUGCGGAGGGAAUCAAGAUGGCGACACCAACUUAAUUGGGUGAUUUGUCUCGUGGUUUUUUUUGUUGCACAGAAACACCAGUGCCUAACGUCUUCCUGAUCGAACCAUCGCUCUACCUCAGCCUAUGAGCACUACUUGACGAACAGCCAAUAAGCUCCUUGGGAUAUUCUCUAGAGAGAAAAAAAAAAACAUAGUCACUGAGCUGUAGCUUAUAAUUCUUGCUUCUUUGACCUACUUAGAAGCGAAACAUUUGACAUCCAUGGUGGCUGACUUUGUGGUGUACCUUUUGGCAGCAACUGAAGGUACAACUGCACACAUUGUGUCAGGUGCUUAAAUACCGUCUGAAUGUUUAAUAUUACCAGAACGGAAUUACAGGACAUUUAUGGUGCUCUAUUGAUUACAUUAACGGUACUCGUCGAGUCUUCCCGAAAUAGUGUUUAUAUUUGUUCAUAGGAUAAGCUCUGUCGACUGGAUUAUAGUGCACUAGGUGGAGCUUCUAAGGAAUCUAAAGUAUAAUCGUAUGUACUUACUGUAAUGUCACUGGUCAUCCACAUAUCAAUUUCUAAUGCAGGCGACUUAAUUGUCCUCUAAUGUGGCCUGUUAAGCCUGCUUGGCGUAAUUGUAAUGCUGUAACAUAUUGGUGCACUUUCCUUCUUGACUUGUAUUUAAAAUCACCAUGAGAUGCACUUUAGAAUUGCACUGGGGAUUGUCCCUUCUACCAAUGCUUUAUCAUGGCGCUUGUGAUUCCCAUCGUUUGAAGUCACAUCAUGGACCUAUUUGUUCAACAGCAUUGAUGUCUAGUUUAAUUAUACAAUUAGUGAAUGUUUUUGAACGUUUCAUAACCUUGUCUGCUAUCGCUGAGAAAGUGUUUGCUGUAUGAAUGAACUUUAAGGUGAUGCUUGGAAAUCAAUAAAUGCUCAAUUCUCAUUUUAGAGUUGCACAUGGAAAAACAAAUGACCUUUUAUUCCUUUGUAGAAGUUAUGGACACAAACUAAAUUGUGCUGUUGGAAUUAUUUGACCAAGGACUGCAAUGCUUGCUACAAAUAUAUUUGCUAAAAUAAUCUGUAAAUCAUGUCAUGGCACUAGGUUGUCUUCUCUGGUUUGCUUUUAGGGUUUGGCUACUGAAUUCCCGGGAGACUCAAGUAAAUUGGCAUGUUUCACGCGAUAAUUUGCUUAUUCAGCAUUCACUCUUAUUUCUCAGCCAAGAUAAAAACAUGGCUGUUGCUGAACAGAAAUCCGAAAAUGCCCAAAAAGCGCUUACUGUAAGUUUCAUUAGGAUUAACUUGUCAAGUGUGUUCCAAUGUCCUAGAUUCUCACCCUUGAAAAUAAAGGGACAAAUAAGUAACUUAGUCCCCCUGCUAGUCAUUACUUGCAGAGGUGCAGAGUACACGGGAACUUCCCCAGAGACCCAGGAUAGCAGCACAUAACUGAAACACGUUAAUACACAUCCUUAACUUGUCUGCAUAACUCAGCUGUUGGACCUGCAUAAAAAGUCCAUGUAAUUAAUAACUACAAUGAACGACAUCACAGGUGAAAUGCACAUGUUUUGGCAAGUUAAGCCUAAGUAAAUUCACCACCGUAGUAUUAUCUUUUUUCCAUCAACUUGUUGUACUGUGAUAUAUCCUAAACACAUCUACUGGGUUACUAACACGAUUCAGAACAUGGAGGACUACAUUUAAUGUAACAGUUACAGGGGGCGUGAACAACAGCAGCAAGUAGUUGGUUAUCAGUCAGUUUAUUACAUAAUUUAGCAUCGGAGGACUUUGACGCACUUCUGAGGCGAUCAAAGACUUCUGUGGCAUCUUCUGUUCAACCGUCUCCGUGUCAAACUGAACGACCUGAAGACAUUCGCUUUGCAGUGGUUGUCCCAAUACGAGUUUGGCACGAUCCCAAACACACUUCGUAUCUUUCAAAUAUGGCCAUUUGUACUAUCGUUGCUAUGACUGUGUUCAUACGUUUCUCUAGAGGUGAAAGAUGAAACCAAACCGUUUUUUGUUCUUGCCAAACUCAAGGCAUCACCGAGUGAUUUUUGGGAAGCUAGCAGUAUGUGUGAUGAAGAUUUGCGAAGGCCACUCGGCAGGAGAAAAACAUACCACGCACUCUGAAUUGUCAAACCGUUCAACUUAAUCAGUCCUGCUCCAAUAAACACUGUUUAACAUAGUCUGUAAUCGAAUGCUUCUCUUUAUAAGCCACACACACACAAACACAUCCAUACAUUGAUAUCCACCACCACUCUAUCACACAAUGGCAUGUCGGGCCACGCUGGUCCACCACGCACCCAAUCAGAACUCAGCAUGAAGCUCUGACGCAAAU